AUGGGUUCUCUCACUCCUUUCCAGCGCAAACACAAGGUGACCGUGGUGGGCUCCGGUAACUGGGGUACCGCCAUCGCUAAGAUUGUCGCCGAAAAUGCCGCUAGCAACCCUGACCUCUUCGAGGAGAAGGUCGAGAUGUGGGUGUUUGAGGAGAAUGUUGAGAUCGCAAAGGAUUCACCACACUACGACCCCGCCAACCCGGGCCCUCAAAAACUCACUGAUGUGAUCAACUGCACACACGAGAACGUCAAGUACCUGCAAGGAAUUCGGUUGCCGGCCAACCUCCACGCAAACCCCUCCCUUGAGGAUGCUGUCAAGGACAGCACCCUCCUCGUCUUCAACCUCCCCCAUCAGUUCAUCCACAAGAUCUGCGAGUCAAUUAAGGGCAAGAUCCUACCCUACGCUCGUGGUAUUUCUUGCAUUAAGGGUGUCGACGUCACAGAGGACGGCGUCCACCUCUUCUCAGAGACCAUUGGCAAGUGCCUCGGCAUCUACUGUGGUGCCCUGUCCGGUGCCAACAUCGCCAAUGAGGUUGCGCAGGAGAAGUGGUCCGAAACCACCGUCGCAUACGACCCCCCGCACAUGGACUCCAAGGCUCCCACCCCACAGCUUUCGCCCUCGGGCUCCCAAACCAAUCUCGUCGAGUUUGAGCACAAAGAUGUCUCGGGUAAAAUGUCCGACGUCAAGCUGCAGGCACUGCCCGUGGACUACCCUCCCAUCGACCACGCUGUCCUCAAGUCCCUCUUCCACCGCUCAUACUUCCACGUGCGCGUCGUAAAUGACGUCGCCGGUGUGUCCGUCAGCGGAGCUUUGAAGAACAUCGUCGCCAUCGCUGCCGGCUGGGUUAUCGGUAUGGGCUGGGGUGACAAUGCUAAGUCCGCCGUGAUGCGCGUUGGUCUGAAGGAGAUGGUUCGUUUCGGUGAUCUGUUCUUCGGUGCCACCAUCGAUCAGCGUACUUUCACCGAGGAGAGUGCCGGUGUGGCCGACCUGAUCACCAGUUCCAGCAGUGGCCGCAACUUCCGUUGUGCCAAGCUUAGCGUUGAGCGCAACCAGACAAUUGAGCAGGUUGAGAAGUCAGAGCUUAACGGCCAAAGUCUCCAGGGCACAUUGACCGCUAUUGAGGUCAACAAGUUCCUGAAGAAGAAGGGCAUGGAGGACGAGUUCCCUCUAUUCACUGCUGUCUUCCGCAUUCUGGAGGGAAGCAUGAAGGUUGCAGAUAUCCCUGCUUACAUCGAGCGCCCCCCGGUAUCGCGUACUUCGAAUUCUUCUGAGACUCCUGGCGAGAAUGGCGAUAGCGAUGGUGAUGGCGCUCGGUUUGCUGCCCGACUUUGA